UGAACCUUAUGUGCCCGGGCGCUAGCGGGACAACAGCAACGACGACACAGCGCACUCCACACGUGUUGCACGACGACUUGAAGGGAACGUUUGAGCGUGUUUUUUGUUUAGUGUACGUGACUGGUGGAGUGCAUGUUUGUGCAAAGGUGUGCAAAAGGACAAUUUGAAAAAGGACACUCAGUGCUUGUGUGGACGCUGCCAAGCGUCGGAAUAUCGUGUAGCAUCGUGGUGCGAUCGUGCAAAACAAAAUGCGAUUGCUAGUGCUACUCGGUUGUCUGCUAGCGGCAUCUAGCGGCAAUGCUGAGAUAACGACCGUCCUGGGCCAGAACGGGUACGACUACACGCCCCCGAAAGUACCCUUUCCACCACCACCAAGCUGUCCCGCUGGGGGUGUACCACCGUACUGCUGCACCAAUGGCGGUCAAGGACCUAACUGCGUAGUCCCUACCCCACCACCACCGCCAUCUUGCCCCUUUGGUGGUGUGCCACCGUACUGCUGUACUAACGGAGGGUCCGGCCCGAACUGCUAUGUGCCACCUCCACCAACGCGACCACCACCUCCAGCGUGUCCGGCCGGUGGUGUUCCGCCAUACUGCUGUACCAACGGAGGAACUGGCCCGAACUGUUACGUCCCACCGCCUCCAACUCCACCACCUACACGACCGCCGCCACCACCGAGUUGCCCGGCCGGUGGAGUUCCUCCGUACUGCUGUACCAACGGCGGAACUGGUCCGAACUGCUACGUCCCACCACCGCCGCCGCCUCCGCCGACUCGCCCACCUAGCUGUCCCGCAGGAGGAGUACCUCCGUACUGCUGUACUAACGGUGGAUCCGGUCCUAACUGUUACGUCCCACCGCCCCCAACUCCUCCACCAACACGUCCACCUCCGCCGCCAAGCUGUCCAGCGGGAGGAGUCCCACCAUACUGCUGCACGAACGGAGGAUCCGGUCCGAACUGCUAUGUGCCACCACCUCCCACUCCUCCACCAACACGUCCACCACCACCAAGCUGUCCUGCGGGUGGAGUCCCACCGUACUGUUGCACUAAUGGCGGACAGGGUCCUAACUGUGUAGUUCCCACCCGACCACCGAAGGGAGAUGAGUAUCUGCCGCCCUGCACGAACGGAGGCCAAGGACCGAACUGUGUAGUACCAACGCGACCACCCGUAACUCCUGCACCCAGACCGCCAUUCGGAUGUCCUAACGGAGGAGUUCCGCCAAACUGUUGCACCAAUGGUGGACAAGGACCUAACUGUGUGAUUCCGAGACCACCUCCGCCACCGCCGAGCUGUCCAGCUGGUGGAGUACCCCCAUACUGCUGCACUAACGGAGGCUCUGGACCGAACUGUUACGUGCCACCCCCGCCAACGCCUCCACCAACUCGUCCUCCGCCUCCUCCACCAACACGCCCUCCGAGCUGUCCCGCUGGUGGUGUUCCGCCUUACUGCUGUACCAACGGAGGAUCCGGCCCGAACUGUUACGUUCCGCCUCCACCGACCCCACCUCCGACACGUCCUCCGCCGCCACCACCAACUCGUCCACCGAGCUGUCCGGCUGGAGGAGUUCCCCCGUACUGCUGUACUAACGGCGGAUCUGGUCCGAACUGCUAUGUCCCACCUCCUCCAACUCCUCCACCAACUCGCCCACCGCCGCCACCACCAACUCGCCCACCGAGCUGUCCAGCUGGAGGUGUUCCUCCAUACUGCUGUACUAAUGGAGGAUCUGGUCCUAACUGUUACGUACCACCGCCUCCGACCCCUCCGCCGACUCGUCCUCCGCCACCACCCCCAACUCGCCCACCAAGCUGUCCCGCUGGUGGUGUCCCACCGUACUGUUGUACCAACGGAGGAUCCGGUCCGAACUGCUAUGUUCCGCCACCACCAACCCCACCUCCGACUCGUCCUCCGCCACCACCGCCAACUCGUCCUCCGAGCUGUCCGGCGGGAGGAGUGCCUCCGUACUGCUGUACCAAUGGAGGAAGUGGCCCCAACUGCUAUGUGCCGCCUCCACCAACCCCUCCACCAACUCGACCACCACCUCCUCCGCCAACUCGCCCACCAAGCUGUCCGGCGGGAGGAGUUCCGCCGUACUGUUGCACGAACGGAGGCUCUGGGCCCAACUGCGUUGUACCGACUAGACCUCCGCCACCGACAACUCAGAGCAAUGGAUAUCUGCCACCCUGCCCUAAUGGAGGUGUCGGACCCAACUGCCAAGUACCACCAACCCGUCCACCGAGCUGCCCGGCCGGAGGUGUCCCCCCGUACUGCUGUACUAAUGGAGGAACUGGCCCCAACUGCUACGUGCCACCUCCGCCACCACCACCACCAACUCGUCCACCGCCGACUCGCCCACCGAGCUGUCCCGCUGGAGGAGUUCCACCUUACUGUUGCACGAAUGGAGGAACUGGCCCGAACUGUUACGUGCCACCCCCUCCGACUCCACCACCAACCCCACCACCACCACCGACCAGACCUCCGAGCUGUCCAGCUGGAGGAGUUCCUCCGUACUGCUGUACUAAUGGAGGCACUGGCCCCAACUGUUAUGUCCCACCCCCUCCGACCCCUCCACCAACUCGACCGCCGCCUCCACCACCGACUCGCCCUCCGAGCUGUCCGGCGGGAGGAGUGCCACCGUACUGCUGUACAAACGGAGGAUCUGGCCCGAACUGUUACGUUCCACCGCCACCGACUCCACCUCCGACUCGUCCUCCGCCACCACCACCAACUCGCCCACCGAGCUGUCCGGCUGGAGGUGUUCCUCCUUACUGCUGUACCAACGGAGGAACUGGCCCUAACUGCUAUGUGCCGCCUCCACCGACCCCUCCACCAACUCGACCGCCACCUCCUCCACCAACACGCCCACCAAGCUGCCCUGCUGGAGGAGUUCCUCCAUACUGCUGUACUAAUGGUGGAACUGGCCCCAACUGCUAUGUACCUCCCCCACCAACUCGUCCAACGCCUCCUCCACCUACUCCAGGCAAGGAUAACGAGUAUCUUCCACCAUGCUCCAAUGGAGGAGUUGGACCUAACUGCGUUGUACCGACCAGACCACCACCACCACCGCCAGCCUGCCCAGCCGGAGGAGUGCCUCCUUACUGCUGUACCAACGGAGGAAGUGGCCCCAACUGCUAUGUGCCGCCACCACCCACUCCACCACCAACUCGGCCACCACCUCCUCCACCAACUCGACCACCGAGCUGUCCCGCUGGUGGAGUACCACCGUACUGCUGUACUAACGGAGGAUCCGGUCCUAACUGUUACGUACCACCGCCACCGACCCCACCACCGACUCGUCCUCCGCCUCCACCACCAACUCGACCGCCGACCUGUCCGGCAGGAGGAGUGCCACCGUACUGCUGCACUAAUGGAGGAAGUGGCCCGAACUGUUACGUCCCACCACCACCGACACCACCACCAACUCGACCACCUCCUCCACCGCCACCGGCAUGCCCGGCGGGAGGUAUUCCACCGUACUGCUGCACCAACGGAGGCUCCGGACCGAACUGUGCGGUCCCAACGAGACCUCCGCCACCACCUCCGACUAGCCCUGCACCUAGCUGCCCUAACGGUGGCGUACUGCCUUUCUGCUGCACUAACGGUGGCCAGGGAGCGAACUGCGAAGUGCCGUCCCACACGCUCGAGGAAGACGGCUACCACUACAAGCGGCCAAACAAACCGUUCACCUUCUAGCCCUAGGUGGUUCUGCGUGUGCCCGCAAGCGGUGCAAUUACUGUUCAUUUAAUUUUGUCUUUACUAUUUUGUUUAAGUUGAUUCGUUCAUCUGUGAAUAGCAAUAAAUGUAAACCCCUCUCUACUCUUGUACAUUUUUAACAAAA